AUGCAUUAUCUUUCGUCCUGCACUUUUCUACUUUUCAUUCUAACCGCAAUUGUCAACGCUCGUGUACCGAUAACAUCGAAUUCUUUGUCCAAAGAUCACGAUUUACAACACCACAAUGCUGAAGCGACUUGGGAUGCUGAAGAAGAUGAUGUUUACGAAGAUGAUGAUGUUACUGAGUCACGCGAGAAUCUUUGUGAACAAGGAAUGAAUAUGAUUGUCCAGCAUCAUGAUUUAGCCAAAUUAGACCCAACACUUUUUCUUGCAUACUGUCCAGAGUAUGAUCAACGAUUGGCAUCAGUGAUGAAGAAAUACAAUUCAAAUAAUAUGGACAACAAACGGCAAACAUUACGCCGACGAGAAUUGAAAAAGCGAUUGGCACUUCGAUUUCUCCGUAAACGAAUGUCUUAA